ACUCACACAGGAAGUUCAUGUAGGCUCAUGAAAGCAACUGUAACCCCAUUUUCACUUCCGCUUGUUCUAACAGCAACAUCGAACGCAAUUUUCCUGUGAAGAUGAUGACUGAAGACUGGCUGUGCAGUCGAGUGAAACUUUGUCCACUGAUCACCGGGCCAAAUGGUGUAUCUAAUGUCCAGGAUCCAUUGGAAGUGGUGAUUAACACCCAGUCAUCCCCUCAACCUUACUAUAAUCCAUCAUCCAUCCUACUGACAUUGGAGGCUUUUAGCGGUGCAUUUACGGAAUUGCGAGGCAUGAGAUCAAAUGUGAAGACGAAGAACAUGCAUGAGAAUGCUCUUGGACCCAACCCAGCUCACACAGAUGCCGUUCACCACUUCGCAGAGAUUUUGUCUUGGGACAUAUUGGAUGCAGCUGUGAGGAAACAAGACACACAGUCCAGUAAAAAUGGCGAUCGAAUAUGCAACAUCACGGAAAGUGAGGUAAGCGAGUGGACAAUGAGCGAACAGGAAAAGCUUGCUAACAGGCUCACAGCUGAGAUCUACAGCAAUGCACUGGAGGAACUAGCCAAGCAUGCUUGCUCUGCUGGUGGGAAAUCUAAAGAACACCAUGAUGUCAUUCAAACAAAGCAAACGUAUGAAAAAGAGAUCAUUACUGAAAUCCACAAUGAGUCUGCAUCCUACCUUUGGUCCUCCAUGCAGCACUGUAACCAAGAGGGACUGGCAAUGGAAACAGGAUGGAAUAUGUAUCAGAGAAGAUCCUCCACCAACUCCACCCCUCUAGAUAAUAUGGCCAAGAUAGGUUCUCUCGACUACCCUGAUGCUCCUCCAAGUACACCAUUAGUGCCAGAGAUGAUGAGGAGCCGUGCAAGUUUCACCAGAAAGCUGAAAGGUGGACUUGCUAAGGAGUUCCUACCUGAAACCCCUCCACCCACUCCAAAAGAUCAACAAUCUCUAUUGAUGGACAAAAUGACAGACAGCACUGUAGAGAAAUCAGAGUUUAUGAUUCGCCUGAUGCGUUCACUUUCACUAGCCUGCUCACAGAUUGAGGAAGAUAAUGGCGAAAACAGGUUACAGAGUGAGAUUUCAGACUAUGCGGCACAGCUUUCAACAGACAUCAUCCACUGCAUCACUGCAAGCCAGGCAGACAGCGGUAGAAAUAUAGAAAAACCCUUCAGAGAUGUGGAUUCCCUAGCUGACCACCUGACACAUGAGAUCAUUAUGACAUCUGUAGCAGAAGUUAUGAGGAAUAAGAAAGAGGAUAGAACAAGCCAAGAAAUCCCUUAUUUUGAGAACACAACCCAAGCUUUGAAUGAUACCUUAUUGUCAGACUCAGUCACAGAUAUUCCUUCAGUGGAGGCUCUGAAAGCCAUGGCUAGCAGGCUCAUUACUAACAUACUGGUGCAGGCUUUAUCCAAACUGGGAAGCGGCUCAUUUCAAAAUACCACAAGCAAACAGAUUUCUGAUCCGGCAUCAGAACCGGUGCCAUGGGAACAAGAGAGCGAUCAGUAUUUAAAUACGGGUUUUCAUGCCAUAAACUGUCAUCAAAUCCAAAGCAAUGGAUGUUCUAAUAUGAAAUCAGAGUGGAACUAUACCCCCCUUGACACCAGUACUGAGAAAGUAGAGCACGUUUUCGCUGAGAAUAUUGUGCAUGAAGUGCUCAAGUGUUCCAUUAAAGAAGCCUCAAACUGUCACUUAAGGUGCAAACGAAUACCCGUUCAUUUAAAUAGACCGAGUUCCUCAGAAGAGAUAAGGGCUUUUAUAUCUGAAACGCUGUGCCAUGAUAUACAGGAGCUGCAGUGUCUCCUGCUCUGGGCUGCAGCAUCUCAAAUGGAAACGUCCUCAUUACAGAUCGAAAUAACUGACGAGCACAUUCAGCAACAGCUCUGCAGCAUUUCUCUGCGAGCCCAGUUUCAUGGCUGGACCGUAGGCCAGCUGAUGUUGGCUCUCCUUCAGUACUGUGAAGAUGUGCAGACUGCCAGCAGAGGGCACUCUAAGCUUUCCACCUCUCUCCUGGGGCAUCUGCUGCUCACACAGUCAUGAGCAGGAUCGCAUGGGGGGGAAGCUUGAAUCAGACGGUGGUGACAAUCAGUCAAGGAAAGAUAUCUGGUAUUGUGGAUUAAUAUGUGACUGACAAAGAGGGACGAGCAUGGAACUGAUCUGCAUCGAAUGAGUAAAAGAGCAUGCCAAUUCAAUAAAUAAAUAAAUGAAUUCAUUAAAUAAAUUGUGUUCAACUGUGUAUGACAACCAUCUGUACACGCUCCAGGAGUGAGGCUUUUCAUUAUUAAAACCUGACACAAUGUGCAUUCAAUUUUGUACCUAAAUCUGCUAUAACACUUAGUUGGACGUCAUUAGUUGACAGUUAUUCGUGAUGGAACAUCAUUCAAAUCUGUGCCUUUGAGGAUCACCUCUGCAUGAGACGAGACUGCAGGGGAAAACAUGAAAAUGAUUAAAACUGCAGAGUAUAACACCAGAGCGAUCCAGAAAUAUGGUCAUCACCGACCGUAGUGCAACACCCAGAUGGACGUUCAGCUGGGAUGAAACAAGAGUGAAGGCCAACAGCGUUAUGAACAUCUGCUGAAAUUGCGCUCGCCUACAUAACCAUCACAUUAUGCUAAUAAAGGAGGGGCAUCAGAUCAAGGAUGAAAUAAUAAAAUGCAGAUGGCUGUUGAGUUCUAUCUUAUUACAUAUUAGCACAUUAAGAUGGUCACCCUGACAAGCCCAAAUGCUAAUCCUGCUAAUAAAAGGCUGACGCUGAUCUCACAUCAGAAUAAAAGAGUAAUAUCGAUCUGUUUUAUAUUACCGAAUAUCAAUAAUUCUAAAGAAGUUGUUAACGCGAAUGAUAAAAGGGCGACGCCGAAGUGUGCUGCAUGACGCCAUUGUGUUCUCCUUUGUGAUUGAAAGGGCUUGUAAAAGCAGACUUUUUACAGCAUUCCACUAAUACUCCCAGAGCAGAGAUACCUAACAUGGCAGGAAUGUGCUUUAGUGAACUCUUGCCUCCCACUCGCUCCCACUCUUGGCGACCACUGCUCGAGUGUAACAACAACCAUACAGGCGCAAAUACACACACACACACGCACACACACACACACACACACACAGGGCUGCUGACAUUGCAGCUGUGGUUCAGAGAAGACACAAUGGGUCCACGCCUGUUACUGCAUCUGGAGAAGUAUUUAUUUCGGUUUCUAAGGGAAUUCCACUGCCACAAGAAGAGAAAAGGAGCAGGAGCGAGCGAGAAGGAGUGAGAUGGAAAGUGACCACGGAGAGAGCGAGAGAAGAAAAUAAGGACAGGGUGAUUACAAAAGAGCUAAGAUGUAUGAGGUUGACUGAAUGACUGGGGCCUGGAAAAUCUCCCAGUUUCGAUCCCCGCUUUUCCUGGGAGCUAUAUCACCCAGAUUUAUUUUUCUCCACGGAGAGCCAAAAAUAUCUCUUCGUAAGAGCUUUCUAAACCCAAGCAGGCCUCAUGGAUGUCUGUAAAUACACGCGUUCACUAACCGUGCCAAUUCAUUAGGUUUUGCAAACCUUUAAGUGAAAGCUGAUGGAAAGCAAGCUUUCAUAUCAUAAUGUACUAUAAUUAAUCAUACAGGUUAUAGGAAAACAAUCUGGAAGGAAAAUACAUUUUGGCAAACAAUAUAAAAUGUUUUCCCUAGUGGGAAUAAGGGGGUUUGUGGGUUAAUUCCUGUUUGGAAGUGAUCCGCAGAAAUACUGAUAUCAAAGUGAACACACACACAAAAAAAAACAUAUAGAUUUACAAUCUCACUGACAGACAUUUAUAUGGACAGUUACCAGUGUGGGAAUUUUACCACCCAUGUAGGCUAUUUUAAUAAAAAAAAAAAAAAAAAAAAAAAGGGGGGGGGAUGCUUUCGUACUGGUAGGUAUAAUUUGGACUUUGUGGAUUUUACGGUCUUGCAUUCAUUUGGAAGGUUGCAAUAUGGCCUGGAACAACAAUCGGACAAAUCUGGCAGCACAGAUGCCACACACGUUAACCAGAGAGCUCUCGUUUGUCCCGUUUGACCAAACAUCUGUCUUCAAUUUCCAUCCUUUUAAGACAAAGCCUACAUACCAAACCACAUUUUGCUGUAUUAUUAAGUGUGUUACCUCAGACAUAGCCUUUGGUGAUGCAAACUUCAAAAGGCAACACAUCUUUUGUGCAAGAUGUCAGCAACCAUAAGCCUGGAAGUGAACAUUAGAAGAAAAGACAACAUUGGUCACCAGGAUAAACAGCACAAUGCCUCCUGGGUGAACAAAAGCCACCCUUUUUAGUGUACUUAAAACAAAUAUCUUGCCACUAAAUACCAGGAUGCAUUAUGCAGUCCGUGAUUUUUUCCCCCUUCAAACCGGGGCUGGUCAUAUUGAUUAGCUCGACGAAAUACAAUAAAGCCUUCUCCAUCAUCCAGCAUUAACUAGCAUGUAGAUUACCAUACACAUGCUAGUCUUAGUUGAUUUUUUUGGCUGGGUAUUUACUGCAUGACAAUGCUGUUGGUUAUGCCAAUAAUAACAUUUCUGUUCACAUGCAAAAUCAGCAUAUGAUAAGUAUUCAUUACAAUAAACACACACAAAAAUCAAACAAUAAGUACUGUAAUGUUAUCCAAAGUCCAACUUGAACUGUAUCAUAAGUGACAGAGCAAGUUGCACGCAAAGCACAAACUCAUACAAGCACAAAUGCCUGGUUUCUCAUCAUUUGUGUCCCACAAUGGGCUUUGAAACCACCACAACCCUGACCGAGAUCAAGGACUUGAUGAUUGAAUGAACGAAUGACUGACAAUGCAAUCAAUAAAUAAGCAAAAACGAUGACUUUGCAGUAUCUGGAAUCAUAGGUUCAAUCCCAGGACACGUCUCUAACACAUAUAAUUGUUGGCAAGUGUGAUUCUCUCUCAGGAGAGGAGAUUUCAAAAUAGUACUGAUAAUAAUAAGAAGAAGGAAAGAAUGGUUUCAAGUUUUCAAACUCAUUUUAAAGACUUUCCCAAACUUUCUUGUAGAAAGAAAAAAAAAACUUAAUUGUUACUUCACUUAUUGGUGUUGGGUGGACAAGUCAGACAAACUGGGGGAAAAUCCUAGAGUAAGCCACCUGUUUUUUUCCUCCUUUUCACAUAGCUGAUGUCCAGUUGUUAAAUAUAUUAUGGAAACAGUGACGAUUGGAUAAUCUUAUGGCAGAAUGUAGUCUAUUUUGUGGAAAAGUCUAACUCAAGGACCAGUGAUGGCUAUUUCUUAAAUCACCUCCGGGCAGCUAAAGAGGACACGGUAUGUUUGCUUAUGCACAUAGUCAGCCAAAGGAAACAGUUUUUUUGUCUACUCAUGAUCUUGCUAAUUUUAAGCUUUCUAGUUUGCUCUAAAUAAUCUCUUGUGUAAACUCUUAUAUUUACCUGAAUAGACUCUGGUCUAAUUGGAGUCACAGCCAUUUAUGAAAGAAUAAAAGGAUAACAUAAAAGGCAUUACUUACGAACAAUUGAUAUAGUACACAUUUAGUACUGUGACAUAUCUAACUGCACGCCGCUUCUGGACUUCACUAAAAUUUACAUCCCUGGUUGUGUUUAUUUGGAGAUUACCUCCACGAUUUGUCUGGAGGUGAUUAGAUGACUAGGUGUUUAUGUAUCUUAGGUGUGGAAGUAACUUUUGAUUCAGGCUCCAUCAAGGUUUGUAGCCCUGUAGCCAAUUGAAUUUUUAACACAGCUCUGGCUCUGGUUCUGUUUUGGCAAGGUGGCUUUUGUUCGCAGCUUUUGAAAGCACAGCACGUAUUGCAAUCCAAACUAAAUAACCGAAGCCUACGCUAGGGACUUGGAAAGGAAAGUGCUUCCAAGCUGAAGUGUUACAAAGCGAUUGUUUUCAAGGGCACUUCCAAAUAGACAUUAAUAAUACCACCAAGCAAUGGCCAAUUUGCUCCCAUAAUAUUUGCUGGUUAUUUUCUGAAUAUUACCAUCAAUUCAGAUGCAGUUCAAGCAUACUGCAGUGUCACUGGGCUAAUGUGAAGCCGGUGCUCUACUGUUGCAGAAUUAUUGAUAUUUAUGUAAAUGAGUAGCUCAAAAUCAAUGAUAAACAGAUGCAAUAAUCAAUUUCCCAUUUAUUUGGACCGAAAGUUGUUUUAGCCCAAUAUGAAUUACAGCGUAGCUUCCUGGCUACAUUUAUAGAUUAACUUUUAUUUAUAUGCAAUGUGCAUUGUCCAUGUGAACAGCUCUGCCUGGGCUUCGAUUACUGUGCCAGCCAAUAUCAUACAAGUAAAAGAACGCAAAUGUAAUUAGGAAUUUUCCACUUAUUCUAAAUGUAAAAAUACAUGUUUGGAGACUUUUACCGAAGCUUGUAAUAUUGCAAUUAUUAUUAUUAUUAUCAUCAUCAUCAUCA